CUCAGUCCCUGUUACAGCCUACAGAUGUGGAACAGAGAGUGGAGACUGAACCCAUACUGAUCAAAGAUGAGGAGACAGCAGAGGACGUGUGGAAGACUGACCCUCAGGAAGAGCUCAGGAUUACUGGAGAGGAGCCUGGUUCCAAGCCUGGGAAAUCACCAUCCUUUGAGCAACGGCACUGUGAUGAGGACUUCAUCACACAACCCAAUAUAUCUCCCAGAGACUCCGUGGAACAUUACCCCAAUUCUGAUCGUCCAGAGGAACCAGGAACACCCCGGCUCUCAUCUACAAAGGUGUUCAGCACAGAGCAGCACCGGCCAGACGAGGACUCACUAAACCUAGUGAUGGUGAAAGAUGAAAAAGAGGAGGAGCUGGAUCAGACCACAACCCUGGCAGGACCUGACCAGUUUGUCAUGGAUGACAAUGAUGGGCAGCUGUGGACCUCUGUGGAUCCAGGCAGAAACACUGACCCUGAUGGCCACCCAGAUUUCUCCUUUCAUUCCACAGAAGAGUACUCUCAGAAUAUCUCAAUUUACCCAUCUCAUAGUGGGCUGCCAUCCAUUCCUACGAUGACCAAUGAAGUGGGGCCACCGCUUCACUCUUCUAUAUGGAAACCACAUGCUAAUAUGUUCAGUGCAGCAAAACACAUUAAAAGACAUAUCAGGACAUCGGCUGAUGAGACUAGACAACAGAUGCCAGAGGGACAGAGUAGCGAGACGCUGAACUCAAAUAAUGCAGGUAAUAGUUUAGCUCUACAGUCAAGGCAGCAUCAAUACAGGGCUUCAGAAGCAACAGUGAGAUUGAGUGAGUGCAUGACAGGGUCAAACAUGGCCACCACCUCCACCUUCUCAGAAUACAGCCUGAGUCGCAGUAGUUUUAACAUGGUGAAGAGAAUGAGGACUCAAUGGAGGUCGGGCGGCACCACCGAGAGGCGUUUCAGCUGCACCUUUUGUGGGAAGAGCUUCCAGCGUCUCUGCCAGCUCAAAGUACACCUCCGGAGUCACACCGGAGAGAAACCGUACACCUGCGAUCAGUGUGGCAGGAGUUUUACCCAGCAGUGCAACCUGAUCAGACAUGCUAUGGUCCACAGCGGGGAGAAGCCCUACGAGUGCACACAGUGUGGGAAGUGCUUCACCCGGCGCUCCAAAAUGACAUCACAUCAGAGAACUCACAUAGGAGAGAGUCCAGUGUCUCAAUACGUGAUACCUGCAUACCCUGGGGAUCCACACAAAAGUUUAAUGUAGUCUCAGAACAAAUAGGAACAUAAUUUCAGUUUUUCUGUAACUCUUUCUACAUGGAAUUGUGGUGCAGAAGGUAUUUUGACAAGCUUUUCCUCCAAAUAGUUUGUGCUUUUCUUGUUUGAUUGUUGAAGGCUUGAUUUUGAGAGUGAAUCUGUCUUUUAGAUCAAUAAUACUAAUACAUGAGACCUAUAUGUAGAGCUUUUCAAUGACCCAAAAUUGCUUUACAAUUGUUGAAAAAAAUGAUCACAAGACGGCACCAGACUAAUAGCAGGAGAAACAAAGAGAAGGGGGAGGGGCUUAAAGUAAGGACAAGAGUGUGUGUAGGUGCUUUUUUUCAAUUAGAUUUGCUCAACUCCUGUGUCUUUUCAUCCAAGUCCUCUCCCGCCUCCUUUGGAAAAAAGGUCAAAAUAAUGGAGGAGAGGGGGUGAGGAGAGUGAUGUGGACGAAAAUGUGCUUUUAUGGAAUGAGAUGGUCCUUAUCCAUCAGGCAAAGGACGUUUACCGGGGUGGAUCCCAAAAUAAAUGUGUAAAGCGAUGAAAAAAAUGUAAGUUAGUUUUGCAAUACAUUUUAUACAUAAAAGAUUAAGUAGCAUAUUGUUUUUAAAUGUGUGCAUGCUUUUCUCUGACGACAAUUCAACGGCUGAUUCAAAGGGUGUGUUGAAGUGUUAAAACUCUUCUGUGCUAGGAUACACUUGUGCUUCCUCGUCAAAAGGGGGGCUAUCAAGAAGGGGGAGACGUCUUAGUUUGCCCAAUAACGAAUAGAGUACCACAGUAUGAGUCAUAAUACCCAUAAAACCUAGCGGUCAAACUAACAUGGUUUCUAUUGUUAUUCCACCAUAAAUUGUUCCCAUUGGGGAUUUUAGAAACACUUCAAAUAAGGGCUGUGUUUCAUGUAGGCUUACCCUGACAUGACAUUUUGAUAACCAUGUAAAUAUCUCAAUUAAGUAUUUACUCCCCCCCCAAAAUGUAAUGCUAAUUAGCUGCUAAUGUGGCUAUCAUAAGAACUACAAAUGCCAUGAUGAUCUAGACGAGACUGUCGAGGCAAAGGUAAGAAUCUCUGGAUUAACUAUCUGUUAGCUAAAUGUAGUAAUGAAUAAACUCGCAAAAUGUUUUUCAAUUGACAGUUCUGUGAACUGUCUUGUGCAAGUUGUAAAUUGACACAAUACCUGUUAGCAAAGGCGUCAGUUAGAGAUGACAUGCAGGAGCUUGCAGGGAUUUGUAGUUUUGCAUAAUGCCUACGUUGACGGUAAUUAACAUUUUCGAAUCUGAGUAAAUAGAGUCGAAUAUAUUGAUUGAGAUUUACAUGGUUAUCAAAACGUUAAGAUAAUCCAUCCCCCUGUUAGGGUUAGGAAGCAUAUCAAGAAGCUGAUUAAACAGCAUGAUCAUUACAGAGGCGCACUUUGUGCUGGGGACAAAAAAAGGCCACUCUGAAAUAUGUCGUUUUGUCAUACAACACAAUGCCUCAAAUUUUGAGGGAGCGUGCAAUUGGCAUGCUGACUGCAGAAAUGUCUACCAGAGCUGUUUCCAGAUAAUUUAAUAUGAAUUUCUCUACCAUAAGCAGCCUCCAAAGUCUCAAUACAUGGUACCCGCAUACCCUGGGGAUACACACACAAGUUUAAUGUUGUCUCAGACCAGAUGGAACAAAGUUAAUAAUCUGAUAAUUUUUUGGAUAACAUCUUCUAUGGGAAAAGUUGGUACAUAAGGUAUUUUGAGACAUUUUGACUAGAUUUUCCUACGAAUUCAUUUGUGAAAUGUUUUUCAUGUUUGACUGUUAAGGGCUCCUAAUUUUUUAUUUAUUUCAAUAACCUAUUUAAAAAAACAUUUCUCAUUUACAAUGUGACUCCAAAAUGACACAAUACAUUAUUUACUAUGAAUUUAUAUUGGGCACAACAUAAUCCGAAACACAACCAAAACAAACUGCAAAUGCAUCCAACAAGUUUGUAGAGUCACAAGCUUGAUUUAGUCAUUGCGUGCUAGGAAUAUGGGACCAAAUACUAAACAUUUGACUAAAUGUAAUACACUACAGUUGAAGUCAGAAGUUUACAUACACCUUAGCCAAAUAAAUUUAAACUCAGUUUUUCACAAUUCCUGACAUUUUAUCCUAGUAAAAAUGCCCUGUCUUAGGUCAGUUAGGAUCACCACUUUAUUUUAAGAAUGUGAAAUGUCAGAAUAAUAGUAGAGAAUGAUUUAUUUCAGCUUUUAUUUCUUUCAUCACAUUCCUAGUGGGUCAGAAGUUCACAUACACUCAAUUAGUAUUUGGUAGCCUUGCCUUUAAACUGUUUAACUUGGGUCAAACAUUUCAGGUAAUCUUCCACAAGCUUCCCACAAUAAUUUGGGUGAAUUUUGGCCCAUUCCUCCUGACAGAGCUGGUGUAAAUUAGUCAGGUUUGUAGGCCUCCUUGCUCGCACACACUUUUUCAGUUCUGCCCACACAUUUUCUAUAGGAUUGAGGUCAGGGCUUUGUGAUGGCCAAUCCAAUACCUUGACUUUGUUGUCCUUAAGCCAUUUUGCCACAAGUUUGGAAGUAUGCUUGGGGUCAUUGUCCAUCUGGAAGACCAAUUUGAGAACAAGCUUUAACUUCCUGACUGAUGUCUUGAGAUGUUGCUUCAAUAUAUCCAGAUAAUUUCCCUCAUGAAGCCAUCUAUUUUGUGAAGUGCACCAGUCCCUCCUGCAGCGAAGCACCCCAACAACAUGAUACUGCACCCCCGUGCUUCACAGUUGGGAUGGUGUCUUUGGCUUGCAAGCCUCCCCCUUUUUCCUCCAAACAUAACAAUGGGCAUUAUGGCCAAACAGUUCUAUUUUUGUUUCAUCAGACCAGAGGACAUUUCUCCAAAGCCUUUCAGGUUAUUUCGAUAUAGGACUCGUUUUACUGUGGAUAUAGUAAAUUAUGACAAGCAUACCCAUAACAUGAUGCAGCCACCACCAUGCUUGAAAAUAUGAAGAGUGGUACUCAGUGAUGUGUUGUUGGAUUUGCCCCAAACGCUUUGUAUUCAGGACAUAAAGUUAAUUUCUUUGCCACACUUUUUUCAGUUUUACUAUAGUGCCUUAUUGCAAACAGGAUGAGUGUUUUGGGAUAUUUUUAUUCUUUACAAGCAUCCUUCAUUUCCAGCAGCAGCAUACCACCCUGCAUCAGACACUAGAUGCUGCUGGAACAGGUGUUGGAGGGCCAGUAGGAGCCACCCUUUCCUCUGGUCUGAAAAAAAUAUCCCAAUGGACCAGGGCAGUGAUUGGGGACAUUGCCCUGUGUAGGGUGCCAUCUUUCGGAUGGGAUGUUAAAUGGGUGUCCUGACUCUGUGGUCACUAAAGAGCCCAUGGCACUUAUUGUAAGAAUAGGGUUGUUAACCCCGGUGUCCAGGCUAAAAUCCCAAUCUUGCCCUCAUACGGUCACCUAAUCAAACCAAGCUUACAAUUGACUCCUUCAUCCGAUCCCCUGUAACUAUUCCCCAGGUUGUUGCUGUAAAUGAGAAUGGGUUCUCAGUCCACCAAAAGAAGACCACCAAAUACUCUUGAAAUCUCCAUAACUAACUACAACAUUUUCAGACAAGAUAGAAAGGCCAAAGGGGGUGGUGUUGCAAUCUACUGCAGAGAGAGUCUGCAGAGUUCUGUCCUACUAUCCAGGUCUGUACCAAAACAAUUUGAACUUCUACUUUUAAAAAUCCACCUCUCUAAAAACAAGUCUCUCACUGUUGCCGCCUGCUAUAGACCACCCUCUGCCCCCAGCUGUGCUCUGGACACCAUAUGUGAACUGAUUGCCCCCUAUCUAUCUUCAGAGCUCGUGCUGCUAGGUGACCUAAACUGGAACGUGCUUAACACCCCAGCCAUCCUACAAUCUAAGCUUGAUGCCCUCAAUCUGACACAAAUGAUCAAUGAACCUACCAGGUACCACCCCAAAGCCUUAAACACGGGCACCCUCAUAGAUAUCAUCCUAACCAAAUUGCCCUCUAAAUACACCUCUGCUGUUUUCAACCAAGAUCUCAGCAAUCACUGCCUCAUGGCCUGCAUCCGUAAUGGGUCAGUGGUCAAAUUACCUCCACUCAUCACUGUCAAACACUUCACCGAGCAGGCCUUUCUAAUAGACCUGGCCUGGGUAUCCUGGAAGGAUAUUGACCUCAUCCUGUCAGUAGAGGAUGCCUGUUUUUCUUUUUAAAUGCCUUCCUCACCAUCUUAAAUAAGCACGCCCCAUUCAAGACAUUUAGAAACAGAUAUAGCCAUUGGUUCUCUCCAGACCUGACUGCCCUUAACCAACACAAAAACAUCCUAUGGCGUUCUGCAUUAGCAUUGAACAGCCCCCGUGAUAUGCAACUUUUCAGGGAAGUUAGAAACCAAUAUACGCAGGCAGUUAGAAAAGCCAAGGCUAGCUUUUUCAAGCUGAAAUUUGCUUCCUGCAACACAAACUCAAAACUAAAUGCAUGCUCUUCAACCGAUCGCUGCCUGCACCUGCCCGCCCGUCCAGCAUCACUACUCUGGACAGUUCUGACUUAGAAUAUGUUGACAACUACAAAUACCUAGGUGUCUGGUUAGACUGUAAACUCUCCUUCCAGACUCACAUCAAACAUCUCCAAUCCAAAGUUAAAUCUAGAAUUGGCUUCCUAUUUCGCGACAAAGCAUCCUUCACUCAAGCUGCCAAACAUACCCUUGUAAAACUGACCAUCCUACCGAUCCUCGACUUCGGCGAUGUCAUUUACAAAAUAGCCUCCAAUACCCUACUCAAUAAAUUGGAUGCAGUCUAUCACAGUUCCUCCGUUCUGUCACCAAUGCCCCAUCUACUACCCACCACUGCGACCUGUACACUCUCGUUGGCUGGCCGUCGCUUCAUACUCCUCGCCAAACCCACUGGCUCCAUGUCAUCUACAAGACUCUGCUAGGUGAAGUCCCCCUUUAUCUCAGCUCGCUGGUCACCAUAGCAGCACCCACCUGUAGCACGCGUUCCAGCAGGUACUGUAUAUCUCCCUGGUCACCCCCAAAACCAAUUCUUCCUUUGGCCGCCCCUCCUUCCAGUUCUCUGCUGCCAAUGACUGGAACGAACUACAAAAAUCUCUGAAACUGGAAACACUUAUCUCCCUCACUAGCUUUAAGCACCAACUGUCAGAGCAGCUCACAGAUUACUGCACCUGUCCAUAGCCCACCUAUAAUUUAGCCCAAACAACUACCUCUUCCCCUACUGUAUUUAUUUUGCUCCUUUGCACCCCAUUAUUUAUUUUUCUACUUUGCACAUUCUUCCACUGCAAAUCUACCAUUCCAGUGUUUUACUUGCUGUAUUGUAUUUACUUCGCACCAUGGCCUUUUUUGCCUUUACCUCCCCAAAUCUCACCUCAUUUGCUCACAUCGUAUAUAGACUUGUUUCUACUGUAUUAUUGACUGUAUGUUUGUUUAUUCCAUGUGUAACUGUGUUGUUGUUGUAUGUGUCGAACUGCUUUGCUUUAUCUUUGCCAGGUCGCAAUUGUAAAUGAGAACUUGUUCUCAACUUGCCUACCUGGUUAAGUAAAGGUGAAAUAAAAAAUAGAAGUCAA